AUGCCCUUUAAAGGGACAGUGCACUGCUGUACGAGCGCCACCGGUAACAACAUCAUCAUCAUCAGCAGCGACAUCAUCAUCAUCAGCAGCGACAGCACCAUCAACUGCAACAUCAUCAUCAUCAGGUACAGCAACUACAACAUCAUUUCCAGCACCAUCAACUACAAGAUCAUCAGUAUCAUCAUCAGCUACAGCAACAUCAACUACAGCAUCAUCAGUAUAAUCAUCAGCUACAGCAACAUCAACUACAACAUCAUCAACUACAACAUCAUCAGCUACAGCACCAUCAGCUACAGCACCAUCAUCUACAGCAUCAUCAACUACAACAUCAACUGCAGCAACAUCAACUACAGCACCAUCAGCUACAACAUCAUCAACUACAACAUCAUCAACUACAACAGCAUUAUCUACAGCACCAUCAACUACAACAUCAUCAUCUACAGCAUCAUCAACUACAACACCAUCAACUACAACAUCAUCAUCUACAACAUCAUCAUCUACAGCACCAUCAACUACAACAUCAUCAACUACAGCAUCAUCAUCUACAGCAUCAUCAACUACAGCAUCAUCAACUACAGCAUCAUCAACUACAACAUCAUCAUCUACAGCACCAUCAACUACAACAUCAUCAUCUACAGCAUCAUCAACUACAACAUCAUCAACUACAACAUCAUCAACUACAACAUCAUCAACUACAACACCAUCAUCUACAACACCAUCAACUACAACAUCAUCAACUACAACAUCAUCAACUACAACAUCAUCAACUACAACAUCAUCAUCUACAGCACCAUCAACUACAACAUCAUCAACUACAACAUCAUCAACUACAACAUCAUCAACUACAGCAUCAUCAACUACAACAUCAUCAUCUACAGCACCAUCAACUACAACAUCAUCAUCUACAGCACCAUCAACUACAACAUCAUCAUCUACAGCAUCAUCAACUACAACAUCAUCAUCUACAGCAUCAUCAACUACAACAUCAUCAUCUACAGCAUCAUAAACUACAACAUCAUCAUCUACAGCACCAUCAACUACAACAUCAUCAUCUACAGCAUCAUCAACUACAACAUCAUCAUCUACAGCACCAUCAACUACAACAUCAUCAACUACAGCAUCAUCAACUACAACAUCAUCAUCUACAGCACCAUCAACUACAACAUCAUCAACUACAGCACCAUCAACUACAGCACCAUCAACUACAGCACCAUCAACUACAACAUCAUCAACUACAGCAUCAUCAACUACAACAUCAUCUACAGCACCAUCAACUACAAUAUCAUCAACUACAACAUCAUCAUCUACAGCAUCAUCAACUACAACAUCAUCAACGACAACAGCAUUAUCUGCUAAAGCACCAUCAACUGCAUCAUCAUCUACGGCAACAUCGUCAACUACAACAACAGCAUCAUCAACUACAAUAUCAUCAACUACAACAUCAUCAUCUACAGCACCAUCAACUACAGCAACAUCAACUACAACACCAUUAUCUGCUACAGCACCAUCAACUACAACAUCAUCAACUACAGCAUCAUCAACUACAACAACAGCAUCAUCGGUGUCACCAUCAGCGACAUCGAUAUCAACGACAACAGCAAGAAGAGCAUCGUCAUCGUCAGCUACACGACCUGGGAAUUUGAAACCCUUCAGGUCCAAACGGCAUUCGUUCUUUGAGGCUCCUUCAGG